AUGCGCCGCCGCGUCCUCCUCCGCCUCAGGCCGCCGGCGCGGCGACGCCUCUGCGCGGCGCUCACGACCGCGGCCUCUACGACGUCCGCCCCUCCCAGCGCCUACCGCCUGCUGGCGCUCCUCCGCGGCUGCGUCGCGCCGUCGCACCUCCCGCUCGGCCUCCGCAUCCACGCGCGCGCCGUCACCUCCGGCCUCCUCGCGGCCGCCGACGGGAACGUGCCGGCUGCGGACGCGCUCCAUACGCGCCUCAUCGGCAUGUACGUCCUGGCGCGGCGCUUCCGCGACGCCGUCGCGGUCUUCUCCUCGCUCCCGCGCGCCGCCGCGUCGUCGGCGCUCCCCUGGAACUGGCUCAUCCGCGGGCUCACCAUGGCCGGGCACCACCGCUUCGCCGUGCUCUUCUACGUCAAGAUGUGGGCCCACCCCUCCGCGCCGCGGCCGGACGGCCACACCCUCCCCUACGUCGUCAAGUCGUGCGCCGCGCUCGGCGCGCUCGCCCUCGGCCGCCUCGUGCACCGCACCGCGCGGACGCUCGGGCUCGACCGCGACAUGUACGUCGGGAGCGCGCUCAUCAAGAUGUACGCGGACGCCGGCCUCCUCGGCCGCGCGCGCGAGGUGUUCGACGGAAUGGCCGAGCGGGACUGCGUCCUGUGGAACGUGAUGAUGGACGGGUACGUCAAGGGCGGCGACGUGGCCAGUGCGGUGGGGCUGUUUGGAGCCAUGAGGGCGUCCCGCUGCGAUCCCAACUUCGCGACCCUGGCGUGCUUUCUGUCUGUGUGCGCCACGGAGGCCGACUUGCUUUCAGGGGUGCAGAUCCACACCCUGGCGGUGAAGUACGGGUUAGAGCCGGAGGUCGCGGUGGCCAAUACGUUGGUGUCGAUGUACGCCAAAUGCCAGUGCUUGGAUGAUGCGUGGAGGCUGUUUGACCUGAUGCCACGGGACGAUCUGGUAACCUGGAACGGGAUGAUAUCUGGGUGCGUCCAGAACGGGCUUGUCGACAAUGCAUUGCGAUUGUUCUGUGACAUGCAGAAGUGCGGGCUUCAGCCUGAUUCAGUUACACUGGCGAGCUUGUUACCGGCUUUGACUGAUUUGAAUGGUUUCAAGCAGGGGAAGGAGACACAUGGCUACAUUAUCAGGAACUGUGUGCAUUUGGAUGUCUUCUUGGUGAGUGCUUUGGUGGACAUAUAUUUCAAGUGCAGGGAUGUGAGGAUGGCACAGAAUGUCUUUGAUGCUACAAAGACCAUUGAUGUGGUUAUUGGUAGUACAAUGAUCUCGGGUUAUGUUCUUAAUGGGAUGAGUGAGGGGGCAGUGAAAAUGUUUCGGUACCUGUUGGAAGUGGGCAUCAAACCAAAUGCUGUCAUGGUAGCUAGCACGUUGCCAGCAUGUGCUUGCAUGGCUGCUAUGAAGCUUGGUCAGGAGCUCCAUGGGCAUGUUCUGAAAAAUGCAUAUGAAGGAAGGUGUUAUGUGGAGAGUGCGUUAAUGGACAUGUAUGCGAAAUGCGGUAGACUUGACCUUAGCCACUAUAUCUUCUCUAAGAUGUCUGCUAAGGACGAGGUGACAUGGAACUCGAUGAUUUCAAGCUGUGCACAGAAUGGGGAACCUGAAGAAGCUCUUGAGCUGUUUCGUCAAAUGAGUAUGGAAGGUGUGAAGUACAAUAAUGUGACCAUAUCUUCCAUCCUGUCAGCAUGUGCAGGCUUACCAGCUAUAUAUUAUGGAAAGGAGAUCCAUGGUAUCAUCAUAAAGGGUCCCAUCAGAGCAGACGUGUUUGCUGAGAGUGCUCUCAUAGAUAUGUAUGGAAAAUGUGGGAACUUAGAAUUGGCUUUUCGUGUUUUUGAAUUCAUGCCUGAGAAGAAUGAAGUGUCAUGGAAUAGUAUAAUCUCUGCCUAUGGGGCUCAUGGUCUUGUUAAAGAGUCAGUGAGUUUACUAUGCCGCAUGCAAGAAGAAGGAUUCAGCGCAGAUCAUGUAACAUUCCUUGCUUUGAUAUCUGCUUGUGCUCACGCUGGGCAGGUUCAAGAAGGACUCCGGCUUUUUCAAUGCAUGACUGAGGAACAUCACAUUGCACCUCGAGUGGAACACUUAGCUUGCAUGGUUGACUUAUAUAGCCGGGCUGGGAAGUUGGAUAAAGCCAUGCAAUUUAUUGCUGACAUGCCUUUCAAGCCGGAUGCUGGUAUUUGGGGUGCUCUUCUCCAUGCUUGCCGUGUGCAUCGCAACGUUGAACUUGCAGAGAUUGCUUCUCAAGAACUAUUCAAGUUGGAUCCUCAUAAUUCAGGUUAUUAUGUGCUCAUGUCCAAUAUCAAUGCUGUUGCUGGACGAUGGGAUGGUGUGUCAAAAAUGAGAAGAUUGAUGAAGGAUAAGAAAGUCCAGAAGAUACCCGGUUACAGUUGGGUAGAUGUUAAUAAUACCAGCCAUUUAUUUGUUGCAGCAGACAAAAGCCACCCUGAUUCUGAAGAUAUUUACAUGUCUUUGAAGAGCCUUCUUCUAGAAUUAAAACAUGAAGGUUACGUUCCCAGGCCAGACAUAUGUCAUAUCAUGCAACCAGACAACAUCACCCAGGUAAUGGCAAUUUGAUUGUGAUUUCUCCAAAUGGAAGUUAACUGAUCUUCUGAUGAUGAUAAAAGGAGAACUCGUUAUUAUACAAAUCGUUGCAUAGAGCAGAGCAAGCUUCUAAUGCAGUACGAUUCAAUGUUUUCAUGUGAAGAAGCAUGAGUUGACUUGCCUGUACAUUGGCUGAACCUUAAAUGCUCAAUUCAGAGCACUAAGAAGCAGAAUUCAAAUGACCAUGGAAUGUGCCAGGUCCAUCUUGGUCGUGUAUCACCUGUACAUAGCCGCUGCUUCUUUCCGAUCAGCAAAGUUCAUAUAAACUCUUUGUAGGCUUAAACUCUCAACGCUGACAGUUUAUUUCUUGGACUGUGUAAGUUCUGCUGGCUAACCUAUAUGGCUUUUCGUCUUGAACUUGGGCAUCAUUGUUCUAUUUUUGCGCAAUUACUGUUCUAGAAGCUGUAGAUCUUGUUAUGAGCCCCUUGAGAUUUCUAAGUUUUUCUCUGGUGAAAAGAAAAUGUAAAAGUGCUAUCCCGGAUAGAUACAUCGAAAAUAUUGGUGUACAUACUGCUCAAGUUGAUCACUUUUGUCCAGUCACAUGAACAAAAAGAUCAUAUAGUUCUGUUGCGUUC